AUGAGUUUCGCUUGUUCUCGCUGUGUCUUUCUCCGACACGGAACCCCUGGCCGCCGGUUCUUUCUGAUUUUUGUUAUCUUGUUUAUUGGAAUAAAUAAAAUAGAUGAUUGUUGGGACCAGGACUCCUGCAGGUGUGUGAGAGUGGGCUCAGAACCGGUGCGGACCCUGCUGGUGUUGGACGACUCUGUGUGGGCGAGCUGUGGGAACUCUGUCACAGCCGUUGACAGCUCCAGCCUCAACACUCAGACGUUUGAAGUACACCCAGACAAAAUGAUCAGCGUGGCUCACAUGGCGUGUGCCGGUGGAGGGGUGUGGAUGGCAUUCUCCGAGGGUUCUUCCAUUCGUCUCUUUCAUACUGAAACACUGGAGCUUCUGCAGGAAAUCAACAUCUCCACACGCUCAACGCUGCUGAACACCG